GACUACACCCUGACCAUGUACUUCCAGCAGUACUGGAGGGAUAAGAGGCUGGCCUAUGCAGGGAUCCCUCUCAACCUGACUCUGGACAACAGGGUAGCAGACCAGCUCUGGGUCCCGGACACCUACUUCCUCAACGACAAGAAGUCCUUCGUUCACGGUGUCACUGUCAAGAACCGGAUGAUUCGACUUCACCCGGACGGCACCGUCCUCUACGGCCUCAGAAUCACAACGACAGCAGCCUGCAUGAUGGAUCUGAGGAGAUACCCGCUGGACGAGCAGAACUGCACUCUGGAAAUUGAGAGUUACGGCUACACAACAGACGACAUAGAGUUCUACUGGAAAGGAGGAGACACCGCUGUGACCGGGGUGACGCGCAUCGAGCUCCCUCAGUUCUCCAUCGUGGACUACAACCUGGUCUCCAGGAACGUGGUCUUCUCCACAGGUGCCUACCCUCGACUCUCUCUGAGCUUCAAGCUGAAGAGAAACAUCGGGUACUUCAUCCUGCAGACCUACAUGCCCUCCAUCCUCAUCACCAUCCUGUCCUGGGUGUCGUUCUGGAUAAAUUACGACGCCUCGGCCGCCAGAGUUGCAUUAGGGAUCACCACUGUCCUGACCAUGACGACCAUCAACACCCAUCUGAGAGAGACUCUGCCCAAGAUCCCCUACGUCAAAGCCAUAGACAUGUACCUGAUGGGCUGCUUCGUGUUCGUCUUCCUCGCUCUGCUCGAGUACGCCUUCGUCAACUACAUCUUCUUUGGUAGAGGUCCUCAAAUGCAGAAGAAGCUGGCCGAGAGGGCUCAGAAGGCAAAUAAUGACCGGGAGAACUUUGACGGACCAAAGGUGAGAAUCGUCGACUCCCGGGGGAACAUUUUGCUGACGACCUUGGAGAUCCACAACGAGGUGGGAGGGAACGAGAUCACAACCUCCGUCAGCCACAACUCAUCCCCCUCCUCCUCCUCCUCCUCUUCCACCACGGUGUUCGACAACUCGGGGGUUCAGUACAGGAAGCCCAGCGGGCCGCAAGAGGCCGGGCGCCAGAGUCUGGACCGGAACGCCCACGUGAAGAAGACGCGUCUGCAGAGACGAUCCUCGCAGCUGAAAAUCAAAAUCCCCGACCUCACCGACGUGAACACCAUCGACAGGUGGUCUCGGAUAAUCUUCCCCUUCAGCUUCUCGCUCUUCAACACGAUCUACUGGCUCUACUACGUCAACUAG